UCCUGGCAUUCCAAUGCAUUUGUCCCUGGACACCAUGAACAUGGUGGAUGAUGCUUGUCUUUCCCCCAGUAACUUUCACGAGAUGGUCAAAGCUGGAGGGGCGGUGGUGGGCACCCGCGUCCACAGCAUUGAUGUCAUCCUGGGCUUCAACAGGGACCAGGACACUUUGAUCAACACUGUAGGCAACGUUGUGACACACAAAGCUGGAGAAGAGACUCUUGGAGAUCCGGGUAAGCAGGACCAGCGGGUGCAACCUUACGGACAUCUGCCGAUCCUUAGGAACAGCUCCGAGGAGCCUGCUUAUAAUGAUGCUGAUAUGUUCUCCAAUAAGUGUGACAGUGUUUUGAGUGACCUGCAGAAGUCCUGCGACAGUGACUGCAAAUCUCCAGACUCUGCCGAUGAAGAACAGCCUAAAAAGAAGCACAGACGCAACCGCACGACUUUCACCACUUACCAGCUGCAUGAACUGGAGCGAUCCUUCGAGAAGUCUCACUAUCCCGACGUCUACAGCCGAGAGGAGCUGGCCAUGAAAGUCAGCCUGCCAGAGGUCCGAGUGCAGGUUUGGUUCCAGAAUCGCAGAGCCAAAUGGAGGCGACAGGAGAAAAUGGAUGCCUGCACCAUGAAGCUCCACGACUCGCCAAUGCUCUCAUUCAACCGCCCGCCCAUGCACCCCAACACGGGGCCCAUGAACAACUCGCUGCCCCUUGACCCUUGGCUGACCUCCCCGUUGUCCAGUGCCACUCAAGUACACAACAUUACAGGAUUCAUGGGUCCCACACAAGGAUUACAGGCAGGGUAUCCUAACCACAGUUUCCUGAGCACUGCCCAAACGAUGUCUCAGAGCAUGCAGCCUAUGCCCCCCCCACCGUACCAAUGCCCCCCUCCUUUCACUGACAAAUAUCCAUUGGAGGACAUGGAACAUCGCAGUUCCAGCAUUGCAGCUUUGAGGAUGAAAGCUAAGGAACACAUCCACUCCAUGGACAAGACCUGGCAACCAAUGUGCUGAGACGAUCGAGUGUUCUUUGAAGGCCUUCAAGUUUCUUGGUUACUAAAUAACGCUGAAGGCUAAUGAAGAGUGACUGGACAUGUAAGAGAUGGUUUUCCUGUACAAGUGAGAACGUUCGAAUCAAGAAACGUGGGCACUAAAUGAGU